AGACGGCUCCAGGCAGAGAUCCUGCCCUUCGCCAACUCUGCGACUCCGGACCUCCGGGGCCCCAUGGCCGAUAAGAAACUGGUGGUGGUUUUUGGAGCCACAGGGGCCCAAGGUGGCUCAGUGGCACGCACAUUGCUGGAAGAUGGGACAUUCAGGGUUCGAGUGGUAACAAGGAAUCCUGAGCAGAGAGCAGCCAAAGAGCUGAUGCUGCAGGGCGCUGAAGUUGUGCAAGGAGAUCAGGAUGACGAGGCUAGCAUGGAGCUGGCACUGACCGGAGCUCAUGCCACCUUCAUUGUGACCAACUACUGGGAGAAGUGCAGCCAGGACCGUGAAGUCAGGCAGGGUAAGCUUCUAGCAGAUCUAGCCAAACGCCUGGGCCUCCAUUAUGUCGUCUACAGUGGCCUGGAGAACAUCAGCAAGCUGACAGAGGGAAGGUUGGCAGCAGGCCACUUUGAUGGCAAAGGGGAGGUGGAGGAGUAUUUCCGAGACAUCGGUGUUCCCAUGACCAGUGUGCGGCUGCCUUGCUAUUUUGAGAACCUCCUUUCCUAUUUCCUGCCCCAGAAAGCUGCAGAUGGAGAGAGUUACUUGCUGGACUUGCCCAUGGGUGAUGUCCCCAUGGAUGGAAUGGCGGUGAGUGACCUGGGCCCCGUGGUGCUCAGCUUGCUGAAGAAGCCAGGAGAGUAUGUAGGGCAGAACAUUGGACUCAGCACCUGCAGGCACACUGCAGCAGAGUAUGCUGCCCUGCUGACCAGACACAUUGGCAAGACUGUACACCAUGCAAAGACAACUCCUGAGGAAUACGAGAAGCUUGGCUUCCCAGGGGCCCGAGACUUGGCCAACAUGUUCCGUUUCUAUGCCCUGAAACCUGACCGGAACAUUGAUCUAACCCUGCAACUCAACCCCAAGGCCCAAACACUGGACCAGUGGUUAGUGCAGCACAGAGGGGACUUUGCACAGCUGUGAUCUUGAAGCCCUCAGCUGAGGAUUAAGAGGUACAGCCAUCCUUUCUUGUGUACAGUUUUGUGGUUUUGGAGUUUUUUUUCCCCCCAAAUAAAACCAUUGUUCUCACAGAUAGUU